AUGGACGAGCUCUUUGAUGUUUUUGAGGACCAGCCUCAAACGGCAAACCCCUCCGGCGGCGCGCCCAAGCGCCCCAAGAAGGAGAAGAAAGACAAGAGCAAGAAGCGUGCAGCCAAUGGCGAUGUGAAGAAUGGGGCUACACCAACAGAUGCGAUGGAGGACUUGAGUCUUACAAAUAUACCCGCCGUCGAAAAAGUGACCUCGGAAGCUGAAGAACCCGCGGCUGGCAAUGGACAGCCCGAGACCAAGCGCCUUCGACUCGACGAGGCACCCCAACCUAUUGUCGCAGAUUCUUUUGAGACGGAACAAGAGCAGGAAAUUGCGGCGUCCGCUGGCUUGCAGAGCAGCCAGAACCCAACAUCCAUCGUGGUAUCUCACCAAGUGCGCCACCAAGUUUCGAUCCCUCCAAAUUAUCCUUACGUGCCUCUCUCCGAACACAAACAACCUGAGGAACCCGCGAAGACAUACCCGUUCAAACUCGAUCCUUUCCAGCAGCUUGCGGUCAACGCAAUCCAGAGAGAGGAAAGUGUGCUAGUUUCAGCGCAUACUAGCGCCGGAAAAACUGUUGUCGCAGAAUAUGCUAUUGCACAAAGUUUGAAGAGGAACCAAAGAGUGAUCUACACUAGUCCGAUCAAGGCUCUGAGCAACCAAAAAUACCGUGAAUUUGCGGCAGAAUUUGGCGACGUUGGCCUCAUGACGGGAGAUGUAACCAUCAAUCCCACUGCUACCUGUCUCGUCAUGACCACGGAGAUUCUUCGGUCGAUGCUGUAUCGCGGUUCCGAAGUCAUGCGUGAAGUUGGAUGGGUUAUCUUCGACGAGAUUCACUAUAUGCGCGACCCGAAUCGUGGUGUCGUCUGGGAGGAAACUAUCAUCCUUCUUCCCGAUAAGGUCCGAUACGUUUUCCUGUCGGCUACCAUUCCCAACGCCAUUCAGUUCGCCGAAUGGAUUGUCAAAAUGCACAACCAGCCUUGUCAUGUUGUCUACACCAACUACCGUCCGACCCCUCUCCAGCACUAUUUCUUUCCUGCCGGUGCGGACGGAAUUCACUUGGUCGUGGAUGAGAAGGGUGUGUUUCGUGAGGAAAACUUCCAAAAAGCUAUGGGUUCCAUUGCAGACAAAAAGGGUGAUGACCCGGCUGAUGCAUUGGCUAAGCGGAAAGGCAAGGGCAAGGAUAAGUCACUCAACAAGGGUGGCAACAAGGGCCCGUCCGACGUCUUCAAGAUUGUGAAGAUGAUCAUGAUGAAGAGCUACAAUCCUGUAAUCGUCUUCAGCUUCAGCAAGCGAGAGUGUGAGAACGGUGCGCUCCAGAUGAAGAAUCUGGCAUUCAAUGAUGAUUCUGAGAAGGAGAUGGUUCAAAAGGUUUUUGACAGCGCCAUCGAGAUGUUAUCACCAGAAGACCGGGCUUUACCUCAGAUCCAGAAUCUUUUGCCCCUACUGCGCAGAGGUGUCGGUGUCCACCACUCUGGCCUGCUCCCCAUUCUCAAGGAGACCAUUGAGAUUCUUUUCCAAGAAGGUCUCAUCAAGGUUCUCUUUGCCACCGAGACUUUCUCCAUUGGUCUCAACAUGCCUGCGAAGACUGUGGUCUUCACCAGCGUUCGCAAGUUCGAUGGAACCAGUCAGCGCUGGGUUACACCAUCUGAAUUCAUCCAGAUGUCUGGCCGAGCCGGCCGAAGAGGUCUUGAUGAGCGUGGUAUCGUGAUCAUGAUGGUUGGUGAGGAAAUGGACCCUGCGGUUGCCAAGGAGAUUGUUCGCGGUGAGCAGGACCGACUGAACUCGGCCUUUCAUCUCGGAUACAACAUGAUUCUCAACCUGAUGCGAGUGGAGGGCAUUUCUCCAGAGUUCAUGCUUGAGAGAUGCUUCAAACAGUUCCAGAAUACCGGAAGCGUUGCGGCCAUGGAAAAUGAGCUUCGUGAGAUGGAGGAGACAAAGGCCAACAUGAGAAUCCCCGACGAGGGAACUAUCAGGGAAUAUUACGACCUGCGCAAGCAACUGGAUACUUUCUCUGACGAUGUUCGCGCCGUUUUCACCCACCCGAACCACUGCCGGCCUUUCUUGCAGCCCGGGCGUCUGGUUCGCAUCAAGUACCAAGGCCAAGACUUCGGUUGGGGUGUCGUAGUUAAGCACUCGCAGCGCAAGCCUGCAAAGAACUCGACGGAGGAAAUCGAGCCACACAAAGCGUGGAUUGUCGACGUCUUGCUGAAGCUUGCGGACGGCGCGUCUGUUGGCACCAAGAAUUUUCAAGAUUUCCCGCCGGGUGUACUACCAGCUAAGGAGGGAGAAAAGUGCCGAUUUGAAGUUGUGCCGGUGGUUCUCAGCUGUAUACAUGCCAUCGCACACAUUCGCAUCUUCCUCCCGAACGACAUCACAUCGACUGACGCACGGAACGGGGUGAAGAAGUCCUUGGAUGAAGUGCAGCGACGAUUCCCUGAUGGCGUUGCAGUCCUCGAUCCCGUCGAGAACAUGGGUAUCAAGGAUGAUUCGUUCAAGAAGCUGCUACGGAAAAUCGAAGUCCUCGAGUCUCGCCUGCUGGGCAACCCGUUGCACAAUUCUCCACGGUUGCCGGAGCUAUACGACCAAUACGUCGCGAAGGUCAACCUGGGCAAUGAUAUCAAGGCGACCAAGAAGAAGAUCUCCGAUGCCAUGUCAAUUAUGCAUCUUGACGAGCUGAAGUGCCGCAAGCGUGUGCUCCGCCGCUUUGGCUUCAUUAACGAGGCAGAGGUGGUGCAGCUGAAGGCCCGAGUGGCCUGUGAAAUCAGCACUGGUGACGAACUCAUGCUGGCCGAGUUACUAUUCAACGGUUUCUUCAACAACCUCACUCCCGAGCAGGUGGCAUCUGUCAUCAGUGUGUUCGUGUUCGAAGAGAAGGUCAAGGAGGCCCCGCCUUUGAGCAACGAUGCGCUUGCGAAACCUCUGAAGGAGAUCCAAGCGCAGGCCCGAAUCAUCGCCAAGGUCUCCCAGGAGUCCAAGAUGGCCGUCAAUGAGGAUGAAUUCGUGCAGAGCUUCCAUUGGGAGCUGAUGGAGGUGAUCUAUGACUGGGCAAACGGCAAGUCCUUUGCCGACAUCUGUCAUAUGACCGAUGUCUAUGAGGGCAGCUUGAUCCGUGUUUUCCGGCGGCUGGAGGAGUGCCUGCGUCAGAUGGCGCAGGCCGCCAAGGUGAUGGGUAGCGAAGACCUAGAGAGCAAGUUCGAGACGGCACUGACCAAGGUGCGCCGUGACAUUGUGGCUGCUCAGUCGCUGUAUCUGUAA